CGGCAUCGUGCGUGGCUCCACCUUGUUGGAUUUUUUUUUCCGAAGUUCUUUGGGAGCAGAUUGUGAAAAUGGGGACCUUAAUUAUUUAAAAUUUUGCAGAUAUCUAAAAUUAGUAAAAAACGGCGCAACAGACAUUCACUCUUCAGAAAACCCUUCUCGCGUUGAACGGGAAGGCUUCUCGCUGUCCCGCCUUUUCAAGAAACGGCAUUUAGGCGGGAAGGUGGGAUCGCAAUCAAAACCCUAGUUUUCCAUUUGCUGACGUCCACCGUCGAUGGCCGGGAUCGACGUUUCCGAUCUGCCUGUGGCGGACACUGAGGAGGACGAGGAGUUCGAGACGAAGGAGAAGUUCCUCCAGAAUUGCUUCGUUCAAGAAUGGGGGAUCAUAAAGUCCAUGAUCGACGAGAUCUCGAGAGGAAACUCAAUCGAUCAUUCCUCGGUCGAGAGAUAUCGGUCCAUAAUGGCCAAGUAUCAAGAACAGGGUCAACUGCUAGAACCAUACUUGGAGAACAUCAUUUGCCCCGUAAUGGCUGGUGUUAGAAAAAAGGCAUUGGAGCUCAGAGAGGCAGCUGAUCAGACUUUGGAAACAAUAAAAGAUCUGUGCAUCCUUGUCUAUACUCUGGUCAUAGUUUGUGGUUGCAAGGCUGUCUCAAGGUUUUUUCCCCAUGAUGUAUCUGACUUGGAGCUUGCUGUUUCUCUUCUAGAUAAGUGCCACAUUUCACCUUCUUUGUCAUCAUUGGCACAUGAAACUGCUGGGAUGAUGGAAACUAAAUGUGUUCUUGUUCUUUGGCUCUCUGUACUGGUUUUGAUUCCAUUUGAUAUCUUAUUGGUGGAUACUAGUCUUACAAAUAGAUGUCAUGAAAAAGAAGAGGUACCUCCAUUAGUGCAAAGGAUAUUGAAAAUAUCAAGAGAGUACCUCUGUAGUGCUGGUACAUUGCGAAGAGCAGCUGGAUUGUCAAUCUCCAGUCUUUUAGCACGCCCAGAUAUGGAGAAGGCUUUUGGCAGUUUCAUUCAGUGGUCACAAGAUGUUCUCAGUUCUUAUAAGGAUGAUGGGGUGGAUGUCUUUCUUCUACUUGGUGUUGUCGAAGCACUGGCAGCUAUAUUUAAGGUUGGUGAUAGGAAGACUCGAUUGGAUGUAGUUCCAGUCAUUUGGAGCGGCAUCUCUGAGUUAAUUAAUUCUACAAUUGCAGCACAAAGUGCAUUACUUAGAAAAUCCCUCCUGAAGUUGACACAACGCAUUGGAAUGAUUUGCUUGCCUCCAAGAUCUUCCAAUUGGCGUUAUGUGGGUCAGAAUAGCUUACUUGGUGAAAAUCUUUCUUCCAAUGCAUCUGAAAGUUAUAAUUUAUCUAGAAGGCCUUCUGAUCAAGAUUCUUAUAGUGUUCCUGGGUGCCAUUAUUAUACUGAGGAGGAUGACAUGGAUGUACCUGAAAUCAUUGGAGAAAUGAUGGAUGAGUUAUUGAAUGGUCUUAGGGACACGGAUACAGUGGUUAGAUGGUGUGCAGCAAAAGGCAUCGGUCGAAUAACAGCACGUUUAACACGUUCACAUGCCGAAACAGUUUUAUCAUCUGUAUUGGAGCUCUUCUCAGUUGGACAGGGGGAUGGUUCAUGGCAUGGAGGCUGUUUAGCUCUAGCAGAGUUAGCACGGAGAGGCUUGUUGUUACCUGUUAAACUUCCAAUGGUAGUUCCCGUUAUUCAAAAGGCACUUCACUAUGACAUAAGAAAAGGCCCACAUAGCAUUGGGUCACAUGUACGUGAUGCUGCAGCUUAUGUAUGUUGGGCGUUUGGUCGUGCCUAUUCCCAUGCUGACAUGAAAGGUGUUUUGGAGUCUCUUGCUCCACAUCUGUUGGCAGUGGCAUGCUAUGACCGUGAGGUGAAUUGUAGACGAGCUGCUGCAGCCGCUUUCCAGGAAAAUGUUGGGAGGCAGGGAAAUUUUCCACAUGGGAUUGAUAUUAUAAAUAAGGCAGAUUAUUAUUCUCUUUCCUCCAUGGUGAAUUCGUACAUGCAGGUUGCUUUGUAUAUCGCCCAGUAUGAAGGCUAUCUAUACAUGUUCGUAGAAGAACUAAGAAGCAGCAAAGUCUGUCACUGGGAUAAAGGAUUGCGACAGCUUGCAUCAAAGGCUCUAGCUGCUCUUGUGAAAUAUGAACCGAGUUAUUUCGGUGAAUUUGUUCUUGAAAAGUUAAUUCCUUGUACUCUUUCAGCUGAUCUGUGUUUGCGGCAUGGUGCUACUUUGGCUGUUGCAGAAAUUGUUUUGGCCCUUCAUCAGUGUGGCUUUGUAUUUUCAAUUGACAGACAAAAGACAGUUUCAAGUAUAGUUCCUGCUAUUGAGAAGGCCCGUCUUUACCGUGGAAAAGGAGGAGAAAUCAUGCGUUCUGCUAUUUCAAGGCUCAUUGAGUGUACCUCCUUGUCAUCAAUCUGCUUGUGUGAUAAAACCAAGAGUUGCUUGCUUGACAAUGUUAAUGAGAAUCUGAAGCACCCAAAUGCUCUUAUUCAGGAUUCUGCCGCUAAAGCUCUCAAAGUGUUACUUAGAGCAUACUUUGCCAAUGUAGACAGUUCUUUUUCUAGUUAUUUGUUACAAAAAUACAUUGUGCUGCUAGAUGAUCCUAAUGUGGCAGCACGACGAGGUUCUCCACUGGCUUUAGGGGUCUUGCCCCCAGAAUUUUUGGUUAAGACAUGGAGGGUUGUGUUGGAAAAACUGUGCUUCUCAUGUUUGAUUCAGGAUAACAACACAUUGCAAGAUGCUGAAGCUCGUGUGAAUGCCAUUAAUGGGGUGGUAUCUGUAUGUGAAGCAUUAUCUGGAACAAUCUGUGAAUCAUCUUCUUGCGUCUUGGAUGACAUAACUUGCUUCUUUCUUACCAUUAAGGAAGAGGUCGUGCAAACAUUAUUUAAAGCUCUUGAUGACUAUACUGUUGAUAAUAGAGGAGAUGUGGGCUCAUGGGUUCGAGAAGCUGCAAUGGAUGGUCUUGAACGAUGUACUUAUAUCUUCUGCGAAAAACAAAGACUCAUAAAAAAAGCUGCUGUCCAUUGUUCUUCAAAUACUGAAGAUCAUGACUUUGCUGUGGAAGCUAACAAAUUUGUGUUGUUUGAUGAAGAUCUUGCAAUUAAAUUGGUUGGAUCCCUUGCUAAGCAAGCAGUUGAAAAAAUCGACAAGGUGCGGUCCAUUGCUGGAGCAAUUCUUCAAAGGAUCCUUCACAAUCGAAGAACUUUUGUUCAGUGCAUACCACAUAGAGAUGCACUUGAACAAAUUAUACCCAAUGACUCAAAAAUAAACUGGGGUGCACCUAAUAUAUCUUAUCAAGUUAUUGUACAGCUACUUCAAUUUAGUUGCUACAGCAAAGCAGUUCUUUCAGGACUUGUCACCUGCACUGGUGGUUUGACAGAUUCUUUACAAAAGGCUUCCAUUGAAGCUUUGCUUAAAUAUCUUCAAAUCUCCACUGGAACCCAAAAUGAUAGAGAGAAGAUGCUGAUUCUUGAUCUGCUUUGGGUUCUUCAACAAUACAAAAAAGAUGAUAGAGUUAUUAUACCUGCUCUGAAGACUGUGGAAGUCCUCCUCAGCAAGAUGGACAUGCUGAUCGAGAUCCGUAGCCAAAAUUUUGUUGGAGCUAUUUUAGAUGUGUUGGCUGUUGAAAUGGUGGGAUCGAAGGACUUUGCGAAGCUGCGUACGGGCAUUUCAAUCCUAGGUUAUGUUGCCUCAAUUGAGGAUCCUAUCAGCAUGAAGGCAUUCUCUAAAUUGCUUUCUUUUCUUGGCCAUCAUUAUCCUAAGAUAAGGAGCACUGCAGCCGACCAGGUUUACUUGGUACUCUUGCAAAAUGAUUCUGUGGUGGCAGAAGACAAAUUGGAGAUGAUCCUUGAGGUUGUUCAAGAGACUUGCUGGGAGGGACCUGUGGAAGAAGCCAGGCGUCAAAGACUGAAAUUACGAGAGUUGGCUGGUUUGGAGGUUGCAUGUCAAGCAAAGACCGCAAGCAGCACGCCGAAAUAGAAAAAAUGUCCUAUUUAUUGCCUUGUUUUAAAGGUCCGUGUCAGUUUGUUUAUUUUAUUUCGGGUAAUUUAGUUUUUUCCGCAUUUAAAGGUGGCAGAGUUAUAACCGUCCUUGUUUCUUGGUCAAGCCAGCCAAACAUCCCCUCGUCAGCCUUCUGGUUAAUAGAAUUUUCGAGCUUCCCUCCGCAUAUCAAGGUACAUUCAAACUUUGUGUCUUGUGUGAGGAGAUUGACCAUGGUUUUUGAAAUUUUACAGUUUCUGUCGUUCAUAUUCGGUGAUUAGACGAUCAUCAAUGAGAAUUUCUGCCGAUUUCUGUGUA